AUGUCUACAUUAGAGAAGUUUGUUCAACCAGCCAUUCCAAGAUUUGAUGGCCACUAUGAUUUCUGGUCCAUGACCAUGGAAAAUUUUAUGCUCAGUAAGGAACUGUGGCAACUAGUAAAAGAUGGCAUACUAAUGUUUGGAGCCACGCCCACCGAGGCACAGAGGAAGAGUGCUAUUGAGGUGAAUCUAAAGGAUAUGAAAGUAAAGAACUACUUGUUCAAAGCUAUUGAUAGAGAGAUUCUUGAAACAAUACUGGACAAAAGCACGUCACAUGCGAUAUGGAGGUCCAUACAGCAGAAAUACCAAGGAUCAACAAGAGUCAAAUGUGCUCAACUCCAAGCACUACGAUGGGAGUUCGAAUUUCUGACCAUGAAGGACGGUGAGAAGAUUGAUAGCUAUAUAGGACGCACUCUCAGUGUAGUCAACAAAAUGAAAGUAAAUGGUGAAACAUUGGACUCGAGCACAGUGGUCAGCAAGAUACUUAGAUCUUUAACCUCAAAUUUUAACUAUGUGGUGUUCUCCAUCGAGGAGGCCAACGACUUGAGUACCCUAAGUCUUGAUAAACUUCAUGGCAGUCUGCUUGUUCACGAGCAGAGAAUGCAGAGUUUUCAACUUGAUGAACAUGUGUUGAAAGUCACUCAUGAUGGUCGUUUGGGAGCAAGUCGUGGUCGCAGUAGAGGAAUGGAGAAGCAGGCUCAUUAUGCAACAUUUGAGGAUGCAGCAGAGACAGAAAAUGAGAUUCUAUUGGUGACAUAUGAAGAGAUGACACAAUCUUUCCAGAGGGAAGACUGGUUUCUAGAUUAUGGGUGCAGUAAUCAUAUGACUGGUAAUAAGCAGUGGUUUAGAGAAAUACAUGAAGAAUGGCUCAAUAAGAAUGUGAAACUUGGAAAUGACACGACACUGAAUGUUGCAGCCAGAGGAAGUAUUCGGGUUCAAAUCAAUGAUGUUACGUAUGUUAUAUCCGAUGUUUACUACGUUCCAAAGCUUAAGACCAAUCUCUUAAGUUUGGGACAACUUCAAGAGAAGGGUUUAACUAUCUUACUCCAAAAUGAUACAUAUCAAAAGAGAAGCAAACUAGAUGCAAAGAGAAAACAAUAUAUUCUCUUGGGCGUAAGUGAUGAGACAAAAGCUUACAAGAUCUAUGAUCCUAUUACAAAGAAGGUCAUUGUAAGAAGAGAUGUGGUGUUUGAAGAAGACAAAAGUUGGAAUUGGGAUGCGCACGUAGAUGGAGGUACAACCCUUGCUCUUGAUUGGGGAGACAAAGAUGGUGAGAAAAUUGAAACUGUAAAAUUUAUAUCCCAACAAAUAACAGCCAGCCAUGAUCAACCAGUAACACUCGAGCCAACUUUAGAUUCAGUACCCACUGAUUCUCCAGUUAAAGGGAGGGCAACCAGGACCCGAAGAUAA